AUGGAGUAUCUUCUGCUAUUUCAAAUCCUUCUGGUUGUCUUGUGUUCGAGUAUCGUCGCAGUUGCUGCCAACGAAGCAGAGUUUCAGUACGAUGACACUGUUCUGCUGCAGUUCGAAAGCAGUGAUCCGAAUGACGAUGUCUUCUAUAACAAGGUCAAAACGGGCGAAUAUCAGAAGAUCGGCAUGAUCUUGGGAGGAAUGGUGGAUGCAUAUGUAAACGCAAGUGGGACUAUGGAAGAAGCUAAAGAAUCCUUUCCUCCGGGAGCUUCUAUCGUCAUCACUGAGCGGGAUACUGGAGACCUCCUCGUACAAAUCAUGUUGCGAGUAGCAGUGUCAACCAGUCUGGCCGCAUUGGGCUUUCGAGAAAACCACUGUGUCCCAUAUCUAUGUGAAGGCUUUGUUCCGUUAGAAAACCUGCUAGAAAUAUCCGGCUUAGAAGACGUCAUCUUUAUCAACCCGAUUACAAGGCCAAAGACAAACACAGGUAGCGUGACAUCCGAGGGUGAUAGUGCCAUGUAUUCCGAUGCGGCAAGAAGCCGCUACAACGUGAAUGGAGCAGGAAGGCUCAUUGGCGUUCUGUCGGAUAGCUUCAGCUGUGAUAUCAAUGCUGGCACAGAUUACGCCACAGAUAUUGAGACCGGAGAUUUGCCAGAUGAUGUCAUUGUGCUUGAAGACUACUUUGGCGAGGACUGCAUCGAUGAGGGACGGGCAAUGAUGCAGUUGAUGUACGAUGUCGCGCCUGGUGCACGGUUCGCCUUCCAUACGGCCUUCAAUGGAGUCUUGGACUUUGCCCAGGGGAUCAGGGACUUGGCGAAUAUUGGAUGUGACAUUAUUGUAGAUGACAUUACAUAUUUUUUCCAACCAUACUUUCAAGAUAAUGCCAUCGGUCGUGCCGUCGACGACGUCGUCAGUGAUGGUGUCGCUUACUUCUCAGCUGCUGGAAAUUUUGGACGUAACUCCUGGCAUACCGACGCAGGCUUUGUCGACUCGGGCUUUUCUUGGCGUGGAAAGCCCUUGCACGACUUCAAUCCGUCUGAGACAGAGGUUGACACGGUGCAAGACAUGUUCUUCGAAGAGGGGCUAACAUACCGGUUUGAGUUUCAAUGGGAUGAGCCCUUUCGGUCGGUUUCUACUGGCGAUCCACCAGCUGGGAGCAGAAGUGACUUGGACGUGUUGCUUGUCAACUCAGACAAUACUGUCAUCAUCGAGUCGUUCAACUUCAACCGCGAUGGAGACGCACAAGAAACCAUAGUUUGGGAAGCUGAGUAUACUGGAAGGCAUGGCUUGUCUGUGAUCCUCAACUCUGGUCCACCUCCUACAUACAUGAAGUGGAUAAGCAUCAACGACGCACCUAGGUCUGUCCAGUAUUCAAUCUUAUCUUCGACAAUCUAUGGCCAUCAAAAUGCGGCUGGUACAGCCUCUACGGGUGCUGCGUUCUUCAACAACACGCCUCGGUUCGGUGUAUCACCUGCUCGCCAACAGCCCUAUACGUCGGCGGGUGGUACCCCUGUAUUCUUCCGCGACAACGGUGACCGAUUGGAUGAGCCCGAGGUUCGCAUGAAGCCCAAUUUCGUGGGACCAGAUGGAGGCUUGACAACCUUUUUCUUUCCCAGAGACGACCCUGUUUUUAACAAUCGCUUCUUUGGGACAUCUGGGUCAGUGUCGCACGUAGCACCUGUGGCGGCGCUGAUGCUAGAACUUGACCCAUCAUUGACGCCAGCUCGCAUUUACCAGUUUCUACAGGAUGCCGCGCUGGACAUGGACGACACUGCCACACCUGAACCCGACCCUGAUUUUGAUUUCGGAACUGGGCAUGGUUUCGUCGACGCCAUUACAACCAUGGAUCUUGUUUUCUUUCAAAGAGCCCCCACUUCAAGCCCCCCUACUACCACAACCUCAGUCCCAACAGCAUUUCCUACCGAGGAGCCGGAAUCUCCCGACGAGUCUCCUGCGCCUACUCCAUCGCCAUGUUUCUCGAAAGAGUCAACCGUCUAUGUUUGGGGAAAAGGUGUAACGGAAAUGAGGCACGUGAAAGUGGGCGACAGGGUCCUCACUGCGGACAGUGGUUUUGAACAGGUGUACGCCUUUGGUCAUCGCGAUGAAUCGCGGGUGGCAAAGUUCCUUAAAAUUCACACUACGGACCUCAAUGCCAACUUGAAGCGACAACACUACCCAGCUCUUGAAAUCACGGAAGAGCAUUUGCUACGUGUCAACAAUACAUUUCAGCCCGCCAAGGGUCUGGUCGUAGGUGAUGUUCUCGAGGGAGAGGACGGCUUUGAAAGGGUUGUGACGAGGAUUCGAAUCAUUCGCAAGAUGGGGCUCUAUGCACCAUUGACCCCGUCGGGAACGCUGCUAGUGAAUGGGAUCAAGGUGUCUUGUUAUGUAUCCCUACAACAAAACCUUCCAGCCACGGUGGUCUUCAAAUGGUCCUGGUUGAACAGUUUGAUCUCUCAGCACCACCUGGUCCACAUGUUCUUGACCCCAAUUCGUAUGGCGUGCACGAGCAGAGUUUUCUCUGAAGAACUUUGUGAUACAUACAGCAUUGACAAGGCUGACGGAUAUCCGCCGUUUGUCCGUUUGGGACUUGACCUGGUUCAAUUUUGUGAAGCCCAAACUCAGAUUGUGCAACUUCUCUUGUUCAUGACAUACCUGAUAGUGUUUGGUUGCUUGUACUUGGUGGAGUCCUUGAUCGGAAUGGUCCACAUUCCCUCACUGGUUGUGGCAUGCGUUCUUUCUUUAUCCUUUGUGCUUUCUCGAAAGAAUCGUCGUCUCCCAAUCCCAAAGAGCAAAUUGGAUUGA